AUGCUUCGUAAUAUAUCCAAAAUAAAAACUACAACCAAAUUACCAAUACGUUGUUUAGCUACUACAGCUGAUCCAGCAUCAAAUCCAAAUAGAAUUCAUGGUGGAUUAAAAGAUCAAGAUCGUAUAUUUCAAAAUGUUUAUGGUACUUAUGGCCAUGAUUUAAAGAGUUCUGAAAAAAUGGGUGAUUGGUAUAAAACAAAAGAAAUUAUAUUAAAAGGAGAUAAAUGGAUUAUCGAUGAAAUGAAAAAAUCAGGUUUAAGAGGUAGAGGAGGUGCUGGUUUUCCUAGUGGAUUAAAAUGGUCAUUUAUGAAUCCACCAGGUUGGGAAAAAAAUGUUGGACCAAGAUAUUUAGUUGUUAAUGCAGAUGAAGGUGAACCUGGUACUUGUAAAGAUAGAGAAAUUAUUAGAAAAGAUCCUCAUAAAUUAGUUGAAGGUUGUUUAUUAGCUGGUAGAGCAAUGAAUGCAACAGCUGCUUAUAUUUAUAUUAGAGGUGAAUUUUAUAAUGAGGCAACUAUUUUACAAACCGCAAUAAAUGAAGCUUAUAAAGCUGGUUAUAUAGGUAAAAAUGCUUGUGGAUCAGGUUAUGAUUUUGAUGUUUACAUACAUAGAGGUAUGGGAGCUUAUAUUUGUGGUGAAGAAACUGCAUUGAUUGAAAGUAUUGAAGGUAAAGCAGGAAAACCAAGAUUAAAACCUCCAUUUCCUGCAGGUAUUGGUUUAUUUGGUAGACCAACAACUGUUGCAAAUGUUGAAUCAGUUUCAGUUGCUCCAACUAUUUUAAGAAGAGGUGGUGAUUGGUUUGCAAGCUUUGGUAGAGAAAGAAAUAGUGGUACAAAAUUAUUUUGUAUAUCAGGACAUGUUAAUGAACCAUGUACAGUUGAAGAAGAAAUGUCAAUACCAUUAAAAGAAUUAUUAGAAAAACAUUGUGGUGGUGUUAAAGGUGGUUGGGAUAAUUUAUUAGGUGUUAUACCUGGUGGAUCAUCAGUCCCUGUAAUGCCAAAAACAACAUGUGAUAAUAUAUUAAUGGAUUAUGAUGCUUUAAGAGAUGUUGGUUCUGGUUUGGGAACUGCUGCUGUUAUUGUUAUGAAUAAACAAACUGAUAUUAUAAGAGCUAUACAAAGAUUUGCUCAUUUUUAUAAACAUGAAAGUUGUGGUCAAUGUACUCCAUGUAGAGAAGGUACUACUUGGUUACAAAAAAUGAUGGAUAGAUUUCAAGCUGGUCAAGCAAGUGAGCGUGAAAUUGAUAUGAUUUUUGAAUUAACAAAAGAAAUUGAAGGUCAUACUAUAUGUGCAUUGGGUGAUGCAGCAGCAUGGCCAAUUCAAGGUUUAAUUAAAUCAUUUAGACCAGUAAUGGUUGAAAGAAUGAAACAAUUUCAUGAACAUCAUGAUAAUAAAAAUGUUGGAUAUGGUGGUUGGAUUAAAGAUGGUAAAGUUAAAGACGGAAUAGUUGUAGAUAAUCCAAAACCAGCUCAUCAUUAA